UCUCUCUUGACUCAGUUUACUUCUCCAUGCACAUCCUAAGGGAAGAACAUGUUUCCACUUCUUUGUUGUUCUGCUCUUUUUAGGUUUUGUUUCUUCCGUGGUUAAUAGUUUUAAUCUGUUAUGGUUUCAAAUCGCUUUUCAAUUAUAUGUUAACUAAUCUUUACUGUUAUCUUAAUUUCAUGUAUAAAUGAGUAUUUUCUUGCGAAGAAACCAUCUUCCCAAAUUUUCCAAAAUUAGAAAACGUUAGUUUAGUUGCACGGAUGUGCAUUUAAUUUUCCCCAAAGUAGAAACUUUGAAGAGCUAUAUCAUGUAGUUGGAUCUAUUCACUUAUGUAGUCUUAAUUAAUUUCUUAUAACAAUCCCACUAUUCCCUCAAUUUUAAUUUCCUCCAUUUGUGUGUUUCGAUAAUAAUCCAUACAUAACGAGUGAAACCUACUCCACCAUAAAAAAAUCCAUCUGAGAUGACUAUUGGAGUAUUGUGGAUAACUCCUAUAUUACUUUAGAUAAUGAUGUAUAUAUUGUAGUCCUUAUCUUUAGGAUUCACUUCAUGUAUAUAUAUGAGGCAAUUGCCUUCGUAAUGAAUAACACAAAUCUUCUAUUCUAUUCUCUACGUUCUCUGUGAUUUCAUGGUAUCAGAGCAAACAAACUAAAAACCCUAUUUUUUUCUUUCAUAACGUGUUUCUUAUCUAACAAGAAACAUGGCUGCAACUUCAGCAGCUCUAACCACUACAUCUCUACCUAGUAUUACUCCUCUUGAUACUACCAGCGUCUACUAUCUCCAUCCUUCGGAUAAUCCAGGAGCACUAAUCACCUCUGUUUUGCUUCGAGGUGAUAACUAUUCAGAAUGGGCAAUCGAGCUAUCCAAUUCUAUUCAAGCAAAGCGCAAGUUGGACUUCUUAACCGGAACGAUUCUUAAACCUUCAGCAGAACCAGAUCUCUCACGUUGGCUUGCAGUCAACUCUAUGCUGGUAGGAUGGAUCCGAACUUCCAUAGAUCCCAAGGUGAGAUCGACAGUUUCGUUUGUCUCUGAGGCGCACAAGCUUUGGGAAAACCUGCAACAACGAUUCUCUGUCAGGAAUGGUGUCCGUAUUCAUCAGUUGCGUGAUGAAAUAAAUACUUGUCAACAGCAGGGGCAUACAGUGAUUGAGUAUUACGGACGUCUCUCGAAACUAUGGGAAGAACUUGAUAAUAUCAAAACUACUCGUGCUUGCUCGUGUGAAGCUUCAGCUGAUAUUGAAAAAGAGAGAGCAGAGAUACGUGUCCACAAGUUUCUGUUCGGGUUGGAUGAAUCUCGAUUCAGAAAUAUACGUUCUCAAAUUAUUGAUGAGGAUCCUCUACCAGAUAUCAAUAUUGUCUAUGCUCGAGUAAUACGGGAGGAACAGCACAAUAAUACCGUGCGACUUAAGGAAACCACAUCAGACGCAAUGGGUUUCAUGGCACAAACUGAUCUCUCUAAGACCAAUCUACAAAAGGCGUCGUCUCCAUCCUUUCGUCCUCGUGAUCCUACUCGGUCCUGUUCCCAUUGUUCUCGAACAGGUCAUGACAAUACAGAGUGUUUUCUUCUUCAUGGAUACCCGGAGUGGUGGCUUGAACAAAGGAAAACGUCUACUGCUCGUGGCUCUUCUUAUGGUUCUUCUCAGCGAGGAAGGGGAGGACGGGUGUCUAACUCUGGUAAUCGUGGACGUGGACGUGCUAACUCAAGUCAAGUUGUCUCCAAUAACACCACGACAACCUCUUUGAAUGAUCCGAUUGCUCAGAUUACGCAACUACUUCAGCAGCUUCAGAGUAAUCAGUCUUCCAUCUCUACCGAAAAACUCUCUGGACCGUUUUACGAAGACCCUGAUUGGAACGGGUGAAGAACGAGAGGGGGUGUACUACUUCACGGGUGUCAAGGCUGCACGAGUCCAUCAAGCUGGUGUUAAGAAUUCUUCUACCUCCGAACUGUGGCAUCGUCGGCU